AUGAGUUUGAUUGACAAAUUAACAGUGGAGCAAAUAAAAGAAUGUAAGGCAGCUUUCCGUCUGUUUGAUAAAGAUGGUGACGGUACUAUUACAACACAUGAGAUAGGGGUUGUCAUGAGAUCAUUAGGGAAACAUCCAACAGAUGAAGAACUGAAAAAAAUUGUAGAUGAGAUAGAUAUAGAUGGAGAUGGAACAGCGACUUUUGAGGAAUUUUUGGUUAUAAUGACAAAACAGUUAUGCUCGAAGGAAACUGCUACAGAUAUUCGAGAGGCCUUUAGGGUUUUCGAUAAAGAAGGAAAGGGUUAUCUCACAGUAUCAGAGUUUCAGCACAUCAUGGGAAAUCUUGGAGAGAAAAUGACCUGGGAAGAAACGGAGGAGAUGGUAGAACUGGUUGACGGGGAUGGUGAUGGCAAAAUCUCUUGUGACGAUUUCCUAAGAAUAGUUACUUCGACAGAGUAAAGCUGAUUUUCCUCAAUUGAUUGGUUGCGCAAAUAAUUAGCUUGAGUAUGGUGUAGCAAUAUUUCUUGAUUAUAAUGGAAUAAAAAAGAGGUCAACGCACGCUGACAGUUUCAAAAGUCUUUCAAUGAAAUUGGAAUAAAACGAAUUUCG